UGCGCUUUCAACGAAUAUUCCAGUGACUCGUGUGGGACAGGGAUCUUUCUCUCAGAAAUAAUCAAAUAAAAUGACUAACCCGUCACCCUCUACGCCUGGAAAUCCAGAGAACCCUCGCGUUUACUUUGAUGUAGAUAUCGGUGGAGAAAGAGUGGGUCGUAUUGUAUUUGAGCUCUUCGCUGACGUGGUCCCUAAAACCGCAGAGAAUUUCCGAGCUCUGUGUACUGGAGAGAAAGGAAUCGGGGCAAGCACAGGCAAACCACUGCACUUUAAGGGCUGUCCAUUUCACCGCAUCAUCAAGAAAUUUAUGGUCCAGUGUGGAGAUUUUUCUAAUCAGAAUGGAACCGGAGGAGAAAGCAUAUAUGGGGAAAAGUUUGAGGAUGAAAACUUUUACUAUGAGCAUGAUAAACCAGGUCUCCUCAGCAUGGCCAACGCUGGGCCCAACACCAAUGGCUCCCAGUUCUUUAUAACUACUGUUCCAACACCGCAUCUGGAUGGGAAACAUGUGGUCUUCGGCAAGGUGCUGAAGGGAAUGGGGGUGGUGAAGAUGCUGGAGGGGAUAGAAACGAAGGAAGAAAAUCCUGUGAAGCCUUGCAUCAUUGCUGAGUGUGGAGAACACAAACCGGGAGAUGAUUUGGGAAUCGUUCCAAGUGACGGCUCAGGAGACGCAUACCCAGUCUUCCCUGAGGAUGCUGAUGUGGACUUUAAAGAUGCGGAUAAAGUCUUGUCUGUGGCAGAGGAUGUCAAGAACAUUGGAAACAACUUCUUCAAAGCUCAGGAAUGGCAGUCUGCCAUCGAGAAAUAUACAAAAGCUCUCAGGUACUUGGAGCAUUGCGGCAGCAUCUUGGAGGAUGAUAAUGCCCAGAAGAAACUGGAACCCACUGCCCUGAGCUGCAUUCUCAACACUGCCGCAUGCAAACUUAAACUGAAGCUCUGGCAGGAAGCAAUCGAGAGCUGUGAUGAGGCUUUGGAACUGAACCAGACAAAUACUAAAGCGAUGUUCAGAAGAGCCCAGGCCUGGCAAGGACUGAAGGAAUUCAAUAAGGCCAUGAUCGAUCUAAAGAAAGCACAGGAGAUUGCCCCAGAGGACAAAGCAAUUGGAAGUGAAAUGCUGAAAGUCAAGCAGCAAGUGAAGGAAGAGAAGGAGAAGGAAAAGAAGAUUUACGCCAAAAUGUUCGCAUAAUGGAAACCGCAUUGACCUCGUGCCGCACUGACCUACCUGCAGAGAUUUAAACGGUUAUGCUUUCUGCGUAGCGUUACAGUCUAGAACAGAGUAAAAAAGCUUUAGAUAUGAGUCUCUAAAGUAUAAGUUAAAUAUGCAGUUUGGAAAGAGAUACCUACCUUUGCUCUGUAUUAUGAAUUUGUUUUGUCCGCGAGUGAUUGAAGAGAAGUUUAUGUGCAUUUGUAGUAAGCUGAUCUAAAUGCUAUUGUGCAGGAUUUAGUAUAUUUUGAAUAAAAUAACCUGUUAGUUUG